GUUAUGUUGGAGGAUCUCUCGUUAUAAUCACAAGGGUUGGUUCUAAUUACGUAUGUUUGACACGUGAUCCCAUCUAUGCAAAAUACCAAUCUGGUUAUCAAGACAGUCGUUCACGAAUCUCUGGCGCAGAAUAUGGAUCUUCCUCUUAUGGCAUAUAUCCCAUUAGUCUGCACAACCACGAUGUCCCAUGUGUAGUGUGUCAUGUGAUCAAACGUGCUUCACAAAUGGUGCCAGGUCGUAAUGUGUGUCCCGCCGGAUGGGCACGCGAGUACAAAGGAUACUUGAUGGCGGGAAGGCACAAUUUCCAUGGCACAAUGUAUACAUGUGUGGAUGAAGCUCCUGAUUACACGCAAGGAACACACGCUGAUCGCGACGGUGCUUUGUUCUAUUUCGUCGAAGGACAGUGUGGCGCACUUCCCUGCAAGCCUUAUAUCGCAGGACGUGAGCUGACAUGCGCAGUAUAUGCACUCGUUAAACAUGAACUCAUCUUUGUCUUCAGCAACUACUGA